AUGCCAAAUAAUAUUUUAUUGUUUAAUAUAUUGGAUAAUUCAAUAGAUCCGGAAAAAUAUAAAAAAUUAAUUAUAAAUAUUGCCCUUAUACUUAGUACAAUAUCAAUACUUUUUUCAAUCAUUGCAAUUUUAGUUGUUAAAUUAUUUCCUCAAGACCAAGAUGGAUCAUAUGAAGAAUUAAAUAUAAGCAUAGAAGAAAAUACAAUGCCUAAAACAUUUGUGUGCAUAAGAAAAAAUUCAAUAGAGUCGUCUAAUAAAGAGAAAUGUAAAAUUAUCGAUUCCAAAAAUAGUGUUAUAGCGCCUAACAACAAAAAGGACAAUUCUUCAGAAGAUGUCCAAACACAAAAGGAAAUUGAAAACGGAAAAAAUUUUAAAAAUGACCAAACUGAUGUAAAACUAAACGAUGUAAAAACAAAUUCUCCAAAAAUAAUAAAGGUAACAAUAAACUGA